AUGGACAUGCUUGAAGACGUUGAGAGGCGAAACCCGUGGUCUACAGCGCAGGAACUACUGGAGAUGGUAGACAACGGGGACCUGAAGCUACCAUACGAGACCGUGUCAAACUUCCGACGACUAAUCAAGCUGCAUGAACGUAGUAUCGACCAUGAGAGAAUUCUUGAGAUGACAAACCAGGGACUGCAGCUUGAAAGGUGCGGAAGAUCAUGCUUUGACUUCAUGGUUCGCAUGAUCGUGACUUUGAAAUCUAAUUCGGCACUUUGCAGGGACAUAUUUCUUGCGAAAAUGAGGGAAAUCGAUGGAAUAUGUGCAAUGGGGCUUCACUCUGACAUCGAAACAGUGGGUCUUGAGUCUCAUGUGCUUAUGAAUGCUCAGGAGGUGCUACAUAGUGAGAACAGUACAUUUGUUGUCAAGCAAGGCUUCGUGUAG